GUAAAAUACGUAAAAUAUGGAGUAUCUAAUUUUCAGCUGCUUAUAUAAUAAGAUAUUAAUUGCAUCAAAUAUCUAACAUUUCGUAUAUCUCUCGACUUUUGAUGUUCUCUCUUCAUCCAGUUUCUUGAUCACCCUUUUUUGCAGUUGAAGUUUGUGUGAUGGGGGGGAGUGCAGUUGAUGAUGAUUGGGAGUUUACUUCACCUUCGAGGGAGGUUAGAACUGUGGUUUUAGUUGGACGAACGGGCAAUGGGAAGAGUGCCACAGGCAAUAGUAUACUUGGAGAACGGGCGUUCAAGUCAAUGUCCAGCUCUGCUGGAGUUACAAGCACUUGUGAGCUACAGAGUACUGUCCUCGAAGAUGGCCAGAGUCUUAACGUGAUUGACACUCCGGGACUGUUUGAUUUUUCUGCUGAACCUGAGUUUAUCGGGAAGGAGAUUGUUAAAUGCAUCAAUAUGGCAAAGGAUGGUAUCCAUGCUCUCCUUGUCGUCCUGUCUGUUAGGUCUCGCUUCUCAAGAGAAGAAGCUGCUGCUGUUGAGAGCUUGAGGAAAUUCUUUGGCAGCAAGAUUAGUGAUUACAUGGUUGUAGUUUUCACUGGUGGUGAUGACCUUGAAGAAAAUGAGGAGAGUCUCGAUGACUACUUGGGUCGUGAUUGCCCUGAGCCUUUGAGGGAAAUUCUCAAAAUGUGCGGGAAUAGGUGUGUUCUAUUUGAUAACAAGACAAAAGAGGCAGCCAAGAAACGUGAUCAGCUAAAGCAACUUCUGUCACUUGUAGAUAAGGUUGUUGAAAGAAAUGGUGGGAGACCUUACACAGAUGAUGUAUUUCUUGAACUGAAGAAAGGAGCAAACAAGCUACGUGAUCAAACUGCUAUAGUCAAUUCUUUAGAGGGAUAUACCAAACAACAGAUUUCUGAAUUGACGCAGCAGUUCCACGAGGCCUACGAGGAGCAACUGAAGCGAAUAACUGAGAUGGUUGAGUCCAAGCUCAAGGAGACCACACAUAGGCUGGAACAACAACUGGCGGAGGAGCAAAAUGCUCGGCUGAGGGCAGAAGAAAUUGCGCAAGAAGCUCAGAUGAAAUCGAGUGAUGAGAUACGCAAGCUGAGAGAGCACUUAGAGAGAGCUCAGAAGGAGACCGAGGAGCUGCGAAAGCAAGCUCAGAGCAGCGGAUGCACCAUUUUGUGAUCACCACACACUAAUAGGUGAAAUGUGUAAUCUUUUCACUUACCUACCUACUUAUAAACCUAAGUUAUCAGCAGCUCUCGUUUUCACACUCUUGUGUGUGGAAGGUACUUGAAUUGGUGUUUUCUUGAAUUCAAUAUCUAUUCAAUACUUUUAUGUUCAUACA